CAGCUGGAGGUUCUCUUUCACCCUGUUCCGCAAAGUUACCCUCUCUGUGAAGGGACGAUUUCGCUCCGUAGUCGUUGUUAAAGAAGAUGUGCAUAGUUAGAAACUGUGUUUGUGAAGAAACGAGUUCCCACUGCAGCAGUCCGUUCUAAGGAAACUUUUAAUUUUGUGCUUGAAGAAACCUGAUUACUACUUGGAUUACUUUUCUACCUUGGUUUAGAAGAUAACUUGAGGAAAAUGGAAACAGAUGAGGCUCAAGAUAUGUCCCAGGUUUCAGGAAAGGAAAGUCCUCCAAUUAGUGAUGUCCCAGAUGAUCCAGAUGAACCUAUGCCUGUGCCAGAGGACCUUUCAACUAGUACUGGAGGACAACAGAGUUCUAAGAGUGACAGAAUCUUGGCUGCAUACGGGGCGGAAGGCUUUAGGGACUUUCAUGCAAUAAUUCCCAAAUCUUUUUCCACUGGUAAUAUUAAAAUAGAGACUCAUAGUGAUGAAGAGAAUGGGCGUGCCUGUGAAAUGAAUGGGGAAGAAUGUGCAGAGGAUUUACGAAUGCUUGAUGCUACAGGAGAGAAAAUGAAUGGCUCACACAAUGGCCCAGGCAGCAAGGCUAUGUCAGGAGUUGGAGGCAUUCGACUUCCUAACGGAAAGCUAAAAUGUGAUAUCUGUGGGAUAAUUUGCAUCGGUCCCAAUGUGCUCAUGGUUCACAAACGAAGCCACACUGGAGAACGCCCUUUCCAGUGCAAUCAGUGCGGAGCCUCCUUUACACAGAAGGGCAACCUUCUGCGCCACAUAAAGUUGCACUCAGGUGAAAAGCCCUUCAAGUGUCACCUGUGUAACUACGCUUGCCGUCGCAGGGAUGCCCUCACGGGACACCUGAGGACUCACUCAGUUGGCAAACCCCAUAAGUGUGGAUACUGUGGUCGCAGUUAUAAGCAGCGCAGCUCUUUGGAAGAACAUAAAGAACGCUGCCAUAACUACCUGCAAACGAUGAAUCUCUCGAGCAGCAUUUAUCCAGUCAUAAAAGAGGAAACUAACCAGAGUGAAAUGGCUGAAGACCUGUGCAAGAUAGGGUCAGAAAGAGCCCUCGUGCUGGAUAGACUAGCAAGUAACGUCGCCAAACGUAAGAGCUCUAUGCCUCAGAAAUUUGUUGGUGAAAAGUGUUUGCCUGACCUUCCAUACGAUGCCACCACCAACUAUGAGAAAGAGAACGAGAUUAUGCAGACGCACGUUAUCGACCAGGCCAUUAAUAAUGCCAUCAGUUACCUGGGGGCAGAGUCCUUGCGUCCCCUUGUCCAGACACCACCAGGGGGUUCUGAGGUGGUGCCUGUCAUCAGCCCCAUGUAUCAGCUCCACAAACCUCUUGGGGACAGUCAGGUUCGCUCCAACCUUCCUCAGGACAGUGCAGUGGAAAACUUAUUGUUGCUUUCCAAAGCCAAAUCUGUCUCCUCCGAACGAGACGCCUCUCCCAGCAACAGCUGCCAAGACUCAACAGAUACCGAGAGCAAUAAUGAGGAGCGCAGUGGUUUGAUCUACCUGACAAACCAUAUAGGUCCCCAUGCAAGAAAUGGCAUCUCUAUAAAAGAAGAAAACAGGCAAUAUGAUGUCUUGAGAGCAGGUACUGACAAUUCCCAGGAUGCUUUCAAAGUGAUCAGCAGCAAUGGGGAGCAAGUGAAAGUUUACAAGUGUGAACACUGUCGAGUCCUUUUCUUGGAUCAUGUGAUGUAUACAAUCCAUAUGGGUUGCCACGGGUUCCGCGAUCCUUUUGAGUGCAACAUGUGUGGCUACCAUAGCCAGGACAGGUAUGAAUUCUCUUCCCACAUAACUCGAGGGGAGCACCGUUUCCACAUGAGUUAGAACUCCUCUGGCACAGAUCUAGCCUCAACAGCUGUGUUACUGGAGCUGCAAGAGCCAUGACAGCAACAAAGCACAAGUCAGCUGGACAGUAAAAGUAACAAGAGAAUCAGAAGUUCAGCAAUUUUUUCUCACAAGAAAAGAGAUUUCGUUUUGGUAGCAUGCAUUGCAACUCAGUUUUCUAAAAUGAGUUUUUACUGAAAAUGUUUGAUCACCAAAAACCUUUAGUAAUGUAAGUAGGAGCUUUUGUAGUCACAUAGCUGAAAGCCUUUCCCUUAACUGAUGCUUCUUGCAAACCUCCCUUGCCAGAACUGUUAACCACGCCAAGGAUGCACCACACGACAAGGACACAACAGGCAGGAGUGGCCAAGCUUUCUCUCUUAACACCCUGAGCAUUGGGCUCUUCUACCAGAUGUAUGUUUUUUGACUUCCUGGUAUUAUUUGACUCUUUCAGGAAGAUUGAACUCAAGAAAAGAAGGAGGGGCCCAUCUCAGAUGAUUCCACGGACAGCUGGGGUGGGAAGGGAGCCCCAGCCAGAAGGUUCUGAGUUGCUUUGGUGGUAAAAAGUAGAACGUUUUCACCUGCAAGGGUGCUACUGGUAUUGACAUCACAACAUGCUUUUUGUGUCACUAGGCAGGUGGGCAGGAAUGUGAAAGAAAGAAGAAACACCCUUGUAAUAUACUCUGUGAAGUAUAAAUUGCAUUUAAUGUAUAGAAAAAGGGUAUUGUUGGCUCUUCAUUGAAUAAAUAUUUUCCCUUCCUAUCCAAUAAAACCCCACUUUUUGUUAAGCAACCCCUCCUCUCUCUGCAUAAACAAGUUACAAUGUAUUUAAUUUUUCUUUCUUUUUAAAGUUUCAGUUAUUUAGAAAAGUAUGAUGUACAGUUGAAAGAAGCACUAGAUAGAUAUAUGUGUGGGGAAAGUCUCCUUAUGCACAUUUUUCAUCUUUUUAAACUGUCUGGAAAAUACCCAAAUAUCCCUCUCUUACAUAUAAAAAAAUCCCGUUUUGCUUGCACAGAAGAUGUCCUCUUGUAGAUUUUGUGGCUUUACUCAUAAGUGUUGAACUUAAUUAUUUUUAAAGCACUCAGAUGAAUUAACCCAGCCAGUCAAAAUUUGCAACCGCCUUCUUUUUUCCUGGCAUUUGCCAUUUCAUGAGGGACCAAGCCCCACAAAGGUGCUGAGAACCUUGACUUCCUAUUCACUUAGUCAUUUCACUACCUGCUUUGAGUUACUUUUACUUCAUGGAACUAAUCUUAAGGUUAAAAAUAUGGUGGGUUUUGCAGAAGGGAGACCAGAGACUGCAGCACUUUGCAGGGUGCAGCAAGGUCCACCAAAAGCUUCCUCCGUGGUGGGUUCUGCUGCAGAUACUCUUAUCUUCAGUUAUAAUCAAAAUUUCUAUGGCAAAUAGAUUUUAACCCCAAACACAGCUGAUAUUUAAAAAUUACUUUUUUUUUAAAGCUGCUACUUAGCUUCCUCUUCCAAAUAUUUCUUUUCUUUCCCUGAACACCCUCGUAAUUUAAGACUGGGCAAAAAAGAAAUUUUUGCAGCUGCAUAAAAAUCUAUCAUCAGUGCUACAAUACUUCCUGGGCAACAUCCAUAAAAAUAACCCAUCUUAGUAACUUAAUGUAUAAAUACUUCCACUCUGAUAAUAGCUGGAUAUUUUGCAAUAAACACAAUCAAAUAACCUACAAGACUAGCAGUUUUGUCAUACAUUUGCACAUUUUCCAUUCAUAAGUGUAUGCAAGUACAUCUGUUUAUUAUAAAAAAGAUUUGAUGGGACCAUGCUUGCAUCUAGGCCAGAGUGGCCUGAUACUUGUAGCUAUAUUUGAUGCACAUUUCCUAUGUACACAUACUAUUACAGGCACACAGAGUUCCCUCUUCUGCUUUCACUUUUGCAGGUGUAAGUCAGGAGCAACAACACUGAAGCUAGAGGAAAGAUACUGAUGAAAUAACGAAUUACAAAUAUAUGCUUCUAUAUGCUAUAUAAGGCAUGCUAUACACGCCUUAGCUUUUCAUGACAGUUCAUGCCAGCUUGCUUCGCCUGACACGUGGGCACAGCAGUGUUCUUACAAUGAAUGUGUCACUGACAGUUCAGCAGCUUUGUCACCAGAUGUGACUGCUGUGUCUGAAUGUCCCCAGACCUGGUGCAUGUACCCACAGCAGUGAGAACACAUCACUAGCACGUUAGGUGGGCUCAUACAUACAGGAUGGCCAAUAAUCUCCCAAAAAUGAGUGAUAUAAACUACAGACCGAAAGGUGAUCCCCUCCAUUCCUACACUAUACCUCGGUUGCC